AUUGCAUGUUUAGUUCAACAAUUACCUUUUCUUUUGCAGAAAUGGACGAAUUAAAGAAAGUCAAGAAAGACUUGAAAAUUUGGGAAGGAAAUUUUGAAAAAGAAAAUGGCAGAAAGCCAGGAAAGGAUGACAUCAAUGCGAAGAGUGAAGUGAAAGAUAUGUACAGAAAUUAUAUUGAUUUGAAGAAGGCCUCAAGUGGUAGCCAUGCCACUGGUGCCAAGGAGUCUGUUUGUGUUUCCAUGGGAACACCACAUGCUGCUGAGGAAACACCAUCUGUUACGAAGGGCGCCAUCAGUGUGACUAAGAAAACAGGCAAGGUUACUGAGGAAUAUGUGUCUCUUUCAAAUGAGGGAGCAAAUGAUAUCAGAAAAAGUGAUAAUAACAAUCAGUCUCAUUCCAUCCCUGUAUCCAUACUAAAGCAGGAGGACACUGAAGUGAAAGCUGACAACUCUGCAAAAAGUGUUGGUAGUGAUGAUGAAAAGUUUAAAUCAGAGGAGACUUCAGUCACUGAUGUCUGGGGUUGUGAUCUUAACAGAGCUUCGGAAAGCAAACACAGGAACGCGAAGGGAUUGGUGUCAACAGAGAAGAAGUCUAAGGGAUCACUGUUUGAGAAGAUUGGAAAACGGAUGCUGUCCAAGGCUAUGCAAGCUCCUAAGUCCUUGAAACCACCUGGAUCGACCAACCGAGGAAGUUUAGCUGAGCGUAAAAACUCGGCGAGCAAGUUCCUCAGCUUUUCGAAGACUAACUGCAUUAGUGAUCCAAGUUACGGACUGGAUGAGAACUCAACUCCACAAGUAUUUGAAAAGGCGCUGAAACUGUCAAAUGUGAAAAAAAAACCUACAUUUGUGGAUUCGUGUAAAAGUGAUGAUAUAGCAUCACCUGUGACUUUAGUUUCUAUGAAAUCUUGUGUUAAGUCAUACAGUCAGAUUCCGAGCUCUGUGUUGGAUGAAAAGUUUGAUGAUAUCGAUGGUCCUUGGAAUGAGACAGGUUUUGAAAAAUUAACUUCAGAGUCGGAGAAAGUGAGUUGUUUGAUAUCACACUCACAGUCAUUUCCAAGUGAAAAGGAGAUGCAGGAUUUCACAAGUGUGACCGAGACAACUAACGGUGAACAAACUACUAGUAUUAGUGAAAAAACAAUCCAUUUUUCUGCCAGUGACUGUAGCACAAAGAAUGAAAAUAGUAUUGGAUCAUUCUCUCAAACACAAGUAAUAGAUAACACUGAAAAAAGAACUCCAUCCUCAGCAAGAACAUUCAGCAUUCGAAGUAACACACCAAGGACUGAUGGACCAUUGCAUAAGAAAUCAGAUAAAAGAUCCCAAGAUGAAAUUUCAGGAAGUCCAAGCUUUGUGAUUCCUAAAACUUCACCGGGAUGCUCUCUCACUCCUGGGAAGAGGAAAUUGGAAUCUUCGGUGCCAACGUCAAGUAAACGUCGGAAAAUUAAGAAGUCACUGUCUGGGGAACCACUCCCGGAUGUUAUUUGGGAUAAUGAGAGUAUCGACCCCUUUGAAAAUAAAGUCAGUGAAAAAGAGGACAGUGAAGGAACUGAUGAUGAAAGUCCUGUGAAGAAAGCACCAGCCAAAAAAGCAAAGUUGAAAAAGUCAGUCAGUACGAAAAAGCCAGCAGGCGUUAACGACAACUUUGUGAUGUUGAACAUGAAAGUGAAGCGUUAUCGUCGUAAAGGUCAACAGGUGUCUGGUCCGGCUUACAAGAGAAAGAUGUGGAAACAGAAGAUGAGUGCCCGUAGUCAGAGUUUCGGCAGCGACAAGUGCUUCAAGUGUGGAGAGGCUGGUCACUGGGCGAGUAAAUGUCCUGGAGGAAAGAAUAAAUAUAAUAAAUCCAACAGUUACACACCAGAAGAGCCAGAUCUACCCACUCCUGCCGAUGGAGAAUCUAUGGAAACCAGCUCUUCUGCUGCAACUGCUGAACCUCUACCAGUACUACCACCUAUUGUCAACCAUGAAGACAUACUUAAUCCUGAAAACAUAGCGCGUCCAGAGCUGAAGCAACGAAACCCUCCUCCUCCACCUAUUGGACCGGUAUACCAACCGAACGCAGACGGUUCUGCACCGUCCACGCCAAAAGAAGUUUACAAAUAUCUCAAAAAGAUUGGUCAUGAGAGUUUCCGAUCAGGCCAGGAGGAGGCGGUUAUGAGGAUACUAUCGGGUUUGUCGACUCUCUUGAUUCUUUCCACCGGAGCUGGUAAAUCGCUCUGCUAUCAACUGCCAGCAUUCAUCUACGCCCAGAAGCAGAAGUGCAUCACACUGGUCAUCUCACCUCUAGUGUCUCUCAUGGAGGACCAGGUCAGCGGUCUCCCACCUGGAAUCAAAGGUGCCUGCCUACACACAAACAUGACGAAACCGCAGCGAGAGAAGAUCAUUUCAAGCCUAGCUGAUGGCAAUCUUCAUUUCCUGCUCAUAUCCCCUGAGGCCUUGGUAGGGGGUGGAGGAUUCGGGGGCGUCUUGAACUCCAACAAGUUGCCACCUAUUGCCUUUGCUUGUAUUGAUGAAGUUCAUUGCGUAUCAGAGUGGUCACAUCAUUUUAGACCUUCGUAUUUGAGAGUCUGCCAUGUUCUCAAAGAACGUCUUGGUGUGAAGUGCAUUCUUGGCCUGACUGCGACAGCAACUCUGACUACUGCAGCCAGUGUUGCACAGCAUCUUGGCAUCGAGGACUAUAGGAGUGCAACCAUUCGAGGUACAACUGUACCAGACAACCUCUACCCAUCUGUGUCACUGGAUGAUAACAGGGCUGAGGCUCUGAUCCAGCUUCUACAAGAUGACCGGUUCGCCAGUUGUAACUCAAUCAUUAUUUACUGCACCCGAAGAGAGCAGACAAGCAGAUUGGCAACAGUUAUCAGAACUCAACUGGGAGACAAGACAAAACCAAAGAAAAGAGGCCAAAGAGGGAGAACAAAGAAAUGUGAUAUUCCCGAGCCUGAUAUCACCCACUGGGAUGCAGAAUGUUACCACGCUGGAUUGACCCCCUCCCAGCGCAAAAGUGUCCAGAACCGAUUCAUGUCAGGUAGACUCCGUGUUGUCGUAGCAACAGUUGCAUUUGGAAUGGGUCUCGAUAAGUCCGACGUCAGGGCGGUCAUUCAUUACAACAUGCCGAAGACGUUUGAAAGUUACGUUCAAGAGAUUGGUCGGGCGGGUCGUGAUGGUGAACCUGCUCAGUGUCAUGUCUUCCUGGAUCCGACGGACAUGAGUGAACUGAAAAAACACACCUAUGGUAACAGUAUCGACCGUCACAUCAUCAAGAAACUGGUUCGGAAGCUGUUCCCUCGAUGUCGAUGUGAUGUCGAGAAGCAUAUCAAAGGUGGAGAAGAUAACGGGGACAGUCAGCUAUGUCCUGGUCAUGAGAGGGCGCUACCUAUAGUAACGACGGUCUCUGAACUUGACAUAAAGGAAGAAGGUAUCUCCACCUUGUUGUGUUAUCUGGAACUACAUCCUAAACGCUGGGUGGAGAAUCUGCAGCCGACAUACUCAACAUGUGCCAUUACCUGUUACAAUGGCCCACAGCAGUUCAGAGAAAUAGCUAAAAAGUGUCCACCUGUAGCAGCUGCCAUAGCAUUAGAUCUUAAACAUGGAGUGAAUCACAACAAUUCACGUUCCAUCACAUUCCCCGUUGUGGAAGUCAGUGAUAUGAUGGCUUGGGAUGCUGGCAUCGUUAAGAGAGAAAUAUCAAACUUACAGUGGAACUUGAACCUAGGUGGCAGGGGCCCAAGUAAGAGUGGUGUCAUGGUUGAGUUCUCCGACCUUGCGUUCCAUUUCACAUCUCAUGGUGACCUCAGCGAUGAUGAGGUUGACGAAGUGGUGGACUUCCUGCACAACAGGAUCACAGCCCAAGAGAAAACCGAGAUCAAGCAACUGAAUAAUUUCUACAAGACUUUGAAGAGCGUUGCUUACAGACAUUACUACCACUGUUCAGGAAGCAUAGACCAAAAGAGAAGUGACUGCCUGAAGACCCAUCUGAGGGAAUACUUUGACAGUCAGCCAAACAUCAACCUUUCCAAUGUCACCAAGCUGACCUUCAUUCGGGAGGAUGGUAAUUCAGACAGUGAUGAGGAGGCUACUUGUGAACACGAGAUGCAAGUAUCGAUGGACAUUCGCAACUUUAUCCACACCUACGGUCAUGAGCACAGCCUUACCGGACGUUGCAUUGCAAGGAUUUUCCAAGGCAUCGCGAGCCCCAACUUUCCUCCUGAGGUGUGGGGCCGAGUGAGACGCUUCUGGAGAAGUCACCUCAAUGUGGAUUUCAAUCUGCUGAGGACAAUGGCAACUAAGGAACUGAUAAGGAUGAAAUAAUGAAAGUCCUGUGAAUAUCUCCCUACUGCCUUAUCUUUCUUAUCCCGGACUCCUGGUUGUGACUUUGACCUUAUGUGUGUUUCUGUCUUCUCAGGAGAGUGUGACAAAGGAAUCUGAUGUGGACAGUUCUUAUACAGCCAUCAUCCAUCAUAGCUCACUUGCUUUGGACUGUUUAAUACUGGAUGAGCUUCAAACAGUGUGCUCACCCGUGGAUGUACAGUCAUGAAUGCUUUGUGCAAUAAACUAGUUUGUGAUUGAAAUCUGCAUUUAGGGGCCAUGCUCCAAGUACUUGCAUCUGAGGGGGAGGGGGUCAAAGAUUUUGGCGGCCAUUCUUGUAUGGUGUAUUUUUCCUGUACGCCUUUACCAUUUUCUGCAUACAGGUGAAGGAGGUCCCGAAAAUUGGAAAAAAGUGUGUAUGUACUUGAAGUUUGGCCUCUUUCCAUUUGUAUAAAAACAAGACAAUGACAAAAAAAUUUAACAAGAAGACCCAAAUUGCAUUUAUAUUUUCCAAUGUAUUUUGAUAGUUUUCUAUGGUUCACUGUUUUUAUUCCAGUGCCAGCUGUUUGACUUUGAAAAACAUAUUUUCACCAAAUAAAAACAUAUUUUCUCCUAUGUUUUGUUUUCAUUUGCACUUUAAUGAAUAAAGUUGUUCUCACAUGUACUGAGAUCAGUAUUCUA